GAAUGAGGUUAAACGAGACGAGCCUGAAUGAAUCCCCACUCUGUUUCAUUCAUAAACCUGUUGAAAAAGUGCGAGCUAAGCUCCGCCCCUCCGGACGGGAGACCCGCUGAUGAAUAAGUAACAUUCAUCCCAUGAAGCGACAGACAGACUCGUCUGUGAAGUGUCUCACCUCGACAGCAGCGGGAGACUCGUGGCUGCGCCGCCGCAGUCAGACAGCGGACAGCGGCAACACCUGCAGUGAUGUCAUCCCUCCUCCUCGCCCUCUUCCCCUUCCUCGUCCUCGCCCCCGCCUCGGCGUUGGAGUUCCGUUACCAUAGCAACCGUGAGAUCGAGCAGUACCUCCUCCAGGUCAACGCCUCCAACCCUGACAUCACACACCUGUACAGCAUCGGCCAGUCAGUCAGAGGUCAGCAGCUGUGGGUGUUGGCUCUGGGUCGCAGUCCUCGCCGUCACACCGUCGGCAUCCCGGAGUUCAAAUAUGUGGCUAAUAUGCAUGGAAACGAGGUUCUCGGGCGGGUGCUGAUGCUCCAGCUAAUCGAUGACCUGGUGCGCGGUUACCGUGGAAACGAAACAUGGUCGCUGCGGUUACUGAACAGCACCCGAAUCCACAUCCUGCCGACGAUGAACCCCGACGGCUUUGAAGCAUCAAACACAGACUGCCAGUACAGCACGGGCAGGUUCAACUAUAAUGGCGUUGAUCUGAACAGGAACUUCCCCGACGCUUUCGCUGGUCUCCAAAGGCAACAGCAGCUCAGCGAGGAGAAGCGGGAGCCAGAGGUCAGGGCUGUGAUGGGCUGGUUGAGGACUGAGAGUUUCGUUCUCUCUGCCAACCUCCAUGGAGGAGCUCUGGUGGCCAGUUAUCCUUACGACAACAGCAACGGAGGCAGCGAGCAGGUGGGCGGGGCCAGCAUCACCCCCGAUGACGACGUGUUCGUUCACCUGGCCAAGGUGUACUCCCACAGCCACGCCUCCAUGCACCAGGGUGGCCGCUGUGACGACAGCAGGCCGUUCCUGGAGGGCAUCAUCAACGGGUACCAGUGGUAUCCUCUGUCAGGUGGGAUGCAGGACUAUAACUAUGUGUGGGCUCAGUGUUUUGAGUUGACUCUGGAGAUUUCCUGCUGCAAGUUUCCUCCAGCUAACCAACUUCCUGCUAUGUGGAUGGACAACAGGAAGGCUCUGCUAGCCUUCAUCCAGCAGGUCCACCUGGGGGUGAAAGGUCGUGUGUUCGAUGGCUCUGGCGUGCCGGUACAGAACGCGGUGGUGGAGGUCAAAGGUCGCAGGAACAUGUGUCCAUUCAGAACUGACCGACAUGGAGAAUACUACAGACUGCUGCUGCCUGGAAACUACAGCUUCACAGUGACCUACCCUGGUCACGAGGUUUUGACGGAGACGCUUACCAUCCCAUACGGUCCUGAUCACUACUCCGCCAUGAAACACGACUUCCUGUUACGACACAUCACCACGACGACCGGCCACACCUCCACUAACAUCACCCAGGCCAACCCCACCCCUCCCUGUAACCACACGUCGCACCUGGAGGCGGGCGGAGUCGUCACCACGCCAACGUGGACAGCGAUAGGUGCGGGGCUCGGCCUGGUGGCGGCGCUACGAUUGUUGAUUGACUGAAACGGCCCCUGCUUGGUGUCAUCGCCGCGGGCUUGAAGCAUCAGCCUGUAAGAAAUCAAAGAAAGGACAAAAACAUGCGAUCCACCGGAGGUUUCUGAAGCCUGGCGUUCGGGUUUACGUCUUGUCACCAGCUUUGCCUCCGCAGAACAAGUCUAAUUUGAGGUCAAAGGGGUGAGCUAAAGUGGAAUGUAAAUCUCUGGUUACUGCAGAAAGUUCAUAUGCAUGUCCUCGGAAACAGGAGGACAAACAGGUGCAGGAAGCUUAGGGACGCAGUGACCGAGCUUCCUGCAGGGCUAACAGUCCUUUUGACAGCGCUGUGGUUUACUGGAGCACUUGAACAGAAUGAAGCCAGUGUAAAGUUAAAUAACGCCAACUAUGAAGUCAAAGCAUCUGCUGUGUAAAAGGCCUUUGGUGAAUCAGUGUGUGGCUGGCUAAGUGGCUUGCUAACUAGCCAUCUUGUGUAUCACUAUGUGUUUAACAUUUGCUCUGUGUGACAAUCAAGCAUCCUUCAGGGAAAUUCACUGUUUUUUAAUCCAAAAUCCAAAAGCCACCAUCUGCCAGUCAAAAUGGAGUCAGUUUGCUGUUCACGGAGCAGCAAAAACCCCAUCAGUAAUGACCUGCUGCUGUGCUGGAGAAGACAUGUUAGAUACAAGCUAAUUUUACAACACAGUGACGUCUGUUGUAUUUAAAUUUGUGUUCAUAAAGGAUCUCAGGAGUAAAAAGCUCUUGUGCCUGAGGACUUUGUCUUCCUGCUGAGAUGUUGCAGCAUGUGAAGGAGCGCUGGCAGCGAUCAGGUUCAUGACGUGUGGUGGAGCUGCACCAUGUAAUUUUAGAAGCGAGGAGGAGCACUUUAAAAGUAGCACUUGCAGGGACAGGAUGCUGUCUUUGGAAAGGGUCGUAAUUAAGAACGUGACGGCAGCAUCGACGUGAGCUGUGAAGCUAAGUGAUCCCAAUGACGCCACACAUUAAUCAUCAAUCUGAACUCUCUGAGGUGCGUUUGAUUUACGACAUGUUAAUGCAGAAAGGAUUCUGCUUAUUUUAGUCCCCGACCGGGGAGCUGCUGGACUCAAUUCAAAAUGUAAACAAAUACAGGUUAAAUAUAAUGUAGCUCAAUCUGUAGGACGCGCCUAACUGACUCCAGGGUUGUACUACCUGUUUACGUCACUAUUCCAGUUCCAAACUUUAGAGCAUGAUUAAUCGCUAAAUAAGACAAACAAUAACAGGAGCUACAACAUCCAAAUUUAAACUUGUUUCAUAUAACAUACUCGGAAAGUCUAGUGUCAUUCAGUACCCGUAGGUUACACGGUUCAUAUACUUCUACACAGUAUACACACACACACACACUCACACAGGUGUACUGAGUUCAGAGCAGCUCCAAUAACAACACAAACCUGUUGUGUGAGGCUUCUUUUAGCACAAGGUCAGAGGUCAGCAAACAUCCUCACUCCUCCUGAAACCCAUCGGCCUUCUGCACACACCCCCCCCCCCCCCAGACUUUUGCCAAAUAUUGUGUUUUUCUACUUUUGUACUGUUGAAUAUUAAAUGUUGCUUUGACAAAAUAAUCCUUUGUGCCUUGUUGUGGCUGUGGUGACUGCAGGCUUCAGUCACACCCAAAACACCAGAUGUUUCAUAAGUUGUUGUUGCACCUCUUCUGGUUCGCACUGCAAAGCAACACGCUGAAUCCCAGCUGACCUGAAGUGUCAGUUAGUCCGCUUGUCGAAGGAAAAUCUCACAUUUAAUGUACAAACAAAAAGGAAUUGAAGGAGUUAAUUGUGUCUUGCUUUCAUUUUUCAUUUAUUAAGUAACAAACUGCUGUCAAAAAGCAGCAAUGGAUCAACUAAAUUUUUU